AUGUCUUUCCGACCAGCGUUGAUUGUUGUCGACAUGCAGAAUGACUUCUGUCCCCCGGAUGGCUCCCUCGCCGUCUCGGGAGGUCGAGAUAUUGUCCCGCUCAUCAACAAGCUUCUUGCCUCUCCGCGUUUCGUUUUGAAGGUGCUCACCCAAGACUGGCAUCCGACUGACCACAUCUCGUUCGCUGCGAACAACCCUGGUCCCAACAACAAGCCGUUUGAGUCGUUUGUAGAUGUUCAAAACCUGGUCGGGAAGAAGCCGGAGCAAACCAUGAAGCAGAGAUUGUGGCCCGUUCAUUGUGUGCAGGGUUCAAAAGGGGCAGAAAUCAUCGAUGGCCUGGAUAUCUCUGAUGUCCGCUUCUCUGUCAAGAAAGGACAAGACCCACAGGUGGAAAUGUAUUCUGCCUUCUCAGAUUCUUUCGGCAACCUUACCUAUGGCGCUGGAGGCGUAAGCCACAGCCUUGCUGAAGAGUUGGUAACCGAACAGAUAACGCACGUCUAUGUCGUCGGCCUUGCCGGUGACUACUGCGUCAAAGACACCGCGCUAGGCUCGGCCAAAGCAGGUUUCACCACAUACUUGGUAGAGGAAGCCCAGAGAUGUGUGGAUCCAAGCACGUGGCCUGAUGUCAAGAGCGCUUUAGCGCAAGGCUCCGUCACUCUGGUCAGUAUUGAUGGCAGUGAGGUUCGGCAGGUCCUUGAACCUUGA